GUGGUGGAGGUCCUGUGCUCACCAGCCAGGCAGAAGAAAUGCAGGAAUGUGUAAACAGGGCUGGAGCUUGGGGGCCAGCCUGGAGUGGCACUUGAGGACAAGGGAGCCGAGAGCCCAACAAGGACACAGCGAGGAUCAGCGAGUCAGAGCAGCGUGGGCUGAAACUGCACUCAGGAUGAGGGACACGGGAAAUGUCGUGGGGAAAAGGAGUAGGAUGGUGUAGGGCGGUUUUUCCUCAGCUGUGGAUGUGCCCCUUGCUGUCCUAAAAUGAUUGGUGUGCUCCUGUUUAACUAGAAGUUCAAGCUGGCACUUGGAGAGCCUCACAUCUUGCUUGUAGCCGAGCUCCUGAAGUUGGAACUGCACUUUGAGAUGCCAUGAACCUCACCUCCAGCGAGUCCUGCUUGCUUGUGGUGUUAUGCCAGAAUGUGCAUCGUCCUUACUGAAGGGUUUUCUACCAAAGCACCUAUUAAUACCAUAAUCAGCAGACCACGUCAUUUAGACAUCCUGUGACAGGACAGGUUUCUCCAGAAAAUAUUGAAUUUAUUUUGCGAGAAGAACAGAAUUCAUCUAUGUCCAACCAACAAAUAAACCAAAGGCCUUCAAGCAUGGUCAGUGAAACGUCCACUGCAGUAACCACGUCUGCUGUUGAUGCAAAACCUGGCUCUAAGGUUGUGAAGACUGGAAGCAAAGUUCACAGCUUUGGAAAGAGGGAACAAGCCAUCAGGAGGAAUCCCAAUGUCCCUGUGAUAGUAAGAGGCUGGCUGCACAAACAGGAUAGUUCUGGAAUGCGGUUAUGGAAGAGACGAUGGUUUGUGCUUGCUGAUUUUUGUUUGUUUUACUACAAAGACAGCAGAGAGGAGUCUGUUCUGGGGAGCAUCCCAUUGCCCAGUUAUGUCAUAUCUCCAGUUGGACCUGAAGAUCGUAUCAAUCGCAAAUUUUCUUUUAAGGCUGUUCACACAGGUAUGAGGGCAUAUAUUUAUAACAAGAAUUCUGUCAUUGGCUCUCAGGCAGAGCACACAGGGAUGAGGACGUACUACUUCAGUGCAGACACCCAGGAGGACAUGAACGCCUGGAUCCGGGCUAUGAACCAGGCUGCUCUCAUGCAGACACGCUCCUCACUGAAGAGGGAAACUGAAAAAGUGGAUCAGCAGGCUGUUCCCCAGGUCAAUCAUGUGGAUGCCUGCAAAGAGUGUGUGAGGGCAGAGAUCACAGACACAAAAGGAAGUUAUCAGAAAUCAGGUGAAAUGCUGGGAUAUGAUAAGCGGGAAGAGAUGAGAAGAGAAAAGGAGGAGGAGGAGCGUUACAUCCACAGAAAAGAAACUCUGGAAACCAAAAAGGGAAAGGCUAAGCAUGCGGUGACUGAAGCUGAUUCAUUAUUUCCAGACUUGAGGAAUGCAUCCUGGUCCCAAGUAGCUCAGCCAGCUGAGAAGAAUGGAACUCUCCCUAGUUCACUGAGUGUGGGUGCUGGCCUGGUGGAGCAGAAUGGCACUGGCUCAUAUAAAAGAGGGUUUGUUCCCAGAACAAAUCCAGAUAAGCAGUUUCAAAGGAAAAGUAACAUGGCUCAAGUGGAGCACUGGGUAAAAGUCCAGAAAGGAGAUACAAAAAGCCUUGCUUCAGAUCAGACUCUUACACGUCAGGGUCCCAAUCCUCCUUUUCCUGAGAACUAUCACACUUUGCCAAAGAAUACCAGGCAGCCUUCAGGGAGCUCACCACCACAAAGCCGCAAUCUGCCGAGCGACUACAAAUACGCACAGGAUCGCGUCAGCCACUUGAAGAUGUCCCAGGAGGAGAGGAAGGCAAACAAGGAUGGAACUGUUUGGCAGCUGUAUGAGUGGCAGCAGAGGCAGCAGUUCAAACACGGCAGCCCCACGGCCCCACUUUAUGCGGGUUCCUCAGACUUCAUGGACCGUGCUAAGUCAAAAAGCUCAUUAGAUGUUCCGCGGUCCAUAUCUGUUCCGCCCUCUCCGUCUGACAUUCCUCCGCCUGGACCUCCAAAAAAUUUUCUCCCACGGAGGCCACAUACUCCUGCAGAAAGGCUCACGGUUAAACCAUCUGAUGAGAGACAGACUGUGGAUGUUCCUCUGGCUGGAUCCCCCAGGAAGAUUCGGAAUCGUGCUGUCAAGAGCUCCACCCACCUGGAUCGGCGCUCCAUGCCUGCCAUGGGCUACAUGACACACACGGUGAGCGCGCCCAGCCUGCACGGCAAGUCGCCUGAAGAGCUAACAUUGCUUCUCAUUCGAUUAAGGAGACAUCAGGCUAAGUUGGCUAGUAUAAGAAAUUACACAAUCGCUCAGUUACUGCAGCACUUGCCAACUAAUUCCACCUAUCAGGCGGAUGACACUUACAUCCAGUUGAAAAAGGAUCUGGAGUAUUUGGAUCUAAAGAUAGAAAAUAAUGGACCUCUGAUCAACAUGAUAUACAAAGUGCUAAAGAACUCAGCACAAGGGUUACUAUCCAGUAUACAUGUGACAGGACGUGACACAUUGAAAGAAAGAAGCGCAAAACCUGUCAAGGUUGCAGAAAGUGAUAUUGAUGUGAAACUGAGUGUUUUCUGUGAGCAGGACAGAAUUCUGCAGGAUUUGGAGGACAAAAUAAGAGCCCUUAAGGAAAAUAAAGAUCAGCUGGAGUCUGUUUUGGAGGUUUUGCACAGGCAGAUGGAUCAGUACAAAGACCAACCACAACAUGCAGAAAAAAUAUCUUACCAGCAGAGACUUUUGCAAGAGGACCUUAUACAUAUUCGGGCUGAAAUAUCCAAAGUUUCAACGGAGAUGGAAAAUGCCUGGAAUGAGUAUCUGAAGUUAGAGAAGGAUGUGAGCCAGCUGAAAAAAGCCUUACAGGAGCAGAUGAGCAGUUCAUUGGUAUCUCAGGAGAAAACACAAAUACAAAAAGACUUGUGGAGAAUUGAAGAUGUUACAGCUGGCUUGAGUGCAAACAAAGCAAACUACAAAACCAUAGUAGACUCUAUAAAGAAUCCAGAGAGAAAAACAGUGCCUUCGCUUUCUCAGUCUUCAGUGCCUUCCCUCCCAGCUUCCCUUGCUGCUGCGGAGAGCAAGCCGUCGGUCGCGCAGAGCCCUCCGCGCAGCCCGCUGAGAUCCCCCCUGGAGGUCAGGCUGUACCCGCAGCCCUACUUCCAGACCAGGACACAGCACCAAGCACAGCCGCUGAAAAAAAUCGAGCCACCUCUUCAGUCACCAGUCAAGCUCAAGCCAAAGGUUGAAGAUGAAGCACCGCCCAGACCUCCUCUCCCUCAGCUGUACAGCCCUGAGGAUCAGCCACCAGCUGUCCCACCCCUGCCCAGAGAAGCCACUGUCAUCAGGCACACCUCGGUGCGGGGCCUGAAGCGUCAGUCGGACGAGAGAAAGAGAGACAGAGAGCUCGGCCAGUAUGUAAAUGGAGAUUACAGGGUGGAGCUGCGUUCAUACGUGAGUGAGCCAGAGCUGGCAAUGUUAGGGGGUGACCUCAGCCACCCUUCCAGUGCUUUAAUAAGCCCUGACAGUGGAUACCAGACAUUACCUACCCGUGGUUUGUCUGGAUCAACUUCCAGAUUGCACCAGUCAUCUACCAUUUCAUCGUUUGCAACACUUCGAAGGGAUAGGUCCAAGGAGAGACCAAAGAGUGCCUUGGAACGUUUAUACUCUGGAGACCACCAAAGAGGCAAGAUGAGUGCAGAGGAGCAGCUAGAAAGAAUGAAGAGACAUCAGAAGGCAUUAGUGCGGGAACGCAAGAGAACUCUUAGCCAAGGAGAAAGGCAGCCUGUUUCAUCUCGCCCUUUCAUCAGGCCCGUGUCUGCAGACGUAGGCUCAUGGAAACGAGAGCAAGAAUUUGAUUUGCAGUUACUUGAGAGGGCAAUUCGUGGAGAAGACAAGGAUGAAAAUGAGUGGUUAAAAGUUCAGCCAGUAGCAGUGACAGAGACAGACCUGGAGCCUCAAGACUAUGAUUUAGAUAUCAGCAGAGAGUUGUCAAAACCUGAGAAGGUUGUAAUUCCAGAGCGUUACGUUGAGCUGGAGCCAGAGGAGCCUCUUUCUACAGAAGAACUGGCAGCAAGGCAGCGUAAAGCAGAAAAGAUAAAGAAUAUUCUUACAAAAUCAAGUAUGCACAAUCUGCAGCCUACUGUUGCCCAGGACAAACACAACUCGAUUGAUUUAGAUUCACAGCUGCAGGAGCAGGAGCGCAUCAUUACCAUUUCAUAUGCUCUGGCUUCUGAAGCCUCUCAGAGGAGCAAGGAGGUAGCAGCCAAAGCAGUAAGUGAGCACUGACGCGAGACUGGAGGCAAAUCCCGCUUUGUGACGCCGCGCGGAGGACAGAGGAGAUUCUUCUCCAGGUUUCUGUGGAGAUACUCCUUGGCUGGUGACCCCUUCUUCUGGAAAGACAUUCAGAGAAUGACAGGGGGAUUUUCUAUGAAAAUGAAGAGAACUGCAGAUCAUUUUUUAUUUACUUCAGUUUAGUUCACACUUUUUAUACGAAUAAACGGCACUUUUAAUAAACUCUGUAAAAUACUGACAAUGCAUUUUUAGAACGGUGUAUUUUAGGUUUUUUUUUUUAAUCAAGGGCUGAAUUCAUUUUAAAAGACACUUCUUGCAUAGAUACUAAAAGAUGCUGUUACUUCCCCCUCAGGCUCAGAUGCACACCAUAAAGUUUUAUGAGAAAAACCCUGCAAAUUUGAACAAACCUAGAAGCACAUUGAUAGGGUAUGGAUAGAGCUAACACAGGUGACACGUUUGGUGAAAGGGUGUUUCAGAUGGAAUAUUUUUGUAGAGUUAAUCACCCACCCUUUUGCCCAUUAAAUAAUCCAUUGCAAAAACUGUUAGCUUGAAUUUCUAAAUAUUAGUAACCACUGUGUAGCUGAAAUUUCCCAAGAAAGCCAUAACAGAAGCCAGUUUUAAAUCCCUUUUUUAUGAUCCCAGAUGAUUAACGUAGUGGUAUCAAUCCACAGUUUGUUAGGUUGCCCUUGAAUGUAGUGCUGCCCCCUCUAUAACAAACAGCUAACAAAAUUUUGUUUUGGAAGUUAAGAUGUGAAAGAAGAUGAUUUUUAAUUAAAAUAUGUGAAGUAAGCAAUAAACAAUUACAAUGUGUCAUUUGGCUAGUAAAUACAUAUUUUUCUUCUGAUAUUUUUUCAAUAGACAUUACAAUAUGAUGUACUGACUAGUAUUUAUCCUAUAAACAUAGCAUAACUAAUGGAAUAUGGCACCUGCUAAUUUCCUGUGUAUGUUCACCUGGUGCUUAUCUUUGCCAAACUUUGAAAUUCUGUGCUGUACUUAUGCAUAGGGCAAAGAGUGAGCAGGUUAAAAUACGGAGAAAAUAAGAUUAAAUGUAUUGCUGCAACUAUACUUUAAAAAACCCUGUGUAUGCAUCGAAUGCAAGACAUGCAAAAACGUCCCCAUGUUAUGUAAUUAGUAGCUGAGUUCAGCUCUGGAUGAGAAAUAACUGAGAAAUACUUCUGCAGUAUUUUGUGAAACCACUAAUUUGUUUAUUCCCUGUAUUCAAGUAGUAGCUAAAAACCCCUUGGAAUUGACCUUAGUGUUUCAGACUUUAAGACAAAUCAUCAUAUAUUAACACUAUACUCAGAAAUAUUCUUAAAAGCAUAUAUUUAGCUAAUGCAAUCUAUUUUACCUCAAUACUGCCAGUAUCAACUUCAAAACCUUUUGCCAAAAUAAUGAUUUAUUUUUGCCUUUAUAAAAAAGUUUUGAAAACAUAAAUGAAUAUUUUGCAAGAGAACAUUAAUUUAAAUAAAAUGUAACCGUUUGGAAAAUGUAUAUGUACAGAUUAAAAUAUUAA